AGACAAUAACGUCUGUUAUUGGCGCACACACAGUGACAAACACGUUUAUACAAAUGUAUUAACAUUAUCGCAGCUACCCGGCCCCUAUAAUAACCACUGGGAGCGAGAAGACAUGUCUGACGACACGGGGUCUGAUAUAUCCUUCAACUAUGAUGACUUCACUCACUACACAGUAAUACCCGCGGUGGUAAUCAUACUCUUGCUGGCCUUCCUGGAGAAGAGGAAGAGUGGAAGGGGCAUCUAUGACGGCGGCCCGGCAUUGAUCGUACCGUUGAAUCUCCUGGACGGUUAUGAGAACCGGUUUGCGUUUGCUGCUGCCUUUGGUGCCGUCACGAAUGAAAUCCUCAGCCUGUUUCUAGAGACCCAGUACUCCUUCGAAUAUCCGCUCUGGGCUUUCGCACUGAUUCUACAGGUGCGGACAGUAGAGGUGGCGGUGGUAUGUUUCCCAUUGUUUGCAUGCAUUGCCACUCGACACCGAUUGGUUGGAUCCGUUUGCGGACUUCUGUAUUCUAUCCUCUUGUGCGGCGGUAUCCUCACAGAUCUAGUUCAGCGGGUCCGUUUAUCAGCUGGUACCAGUACAGUUUUUGAACUAAGUCCCAUUGCCACCGACGUUCCUGUGCUUUUGUGUUAUAUGUAUCUGUUGGUGAGAUCAGCCUCAGAAAUCAUCCGCGCUGUGUCAUCCAAAGUGUACUCCCUACAGGAGGAGACAGACACGGUGCGUCCACAUCAAACCCUCCAUGUGAGGCUAUUACUUAGCGGUUACUAUGAUACAGUUUUAAGGAAAGACGAAACAUUUAGACAAACGGUGACCUAUAGAUCCAUCCUGGGCUUCAGGUAUCCAGUGAAAAUAGUUUGUGCUGUCUUCAUUGUAGCUGUUAUUCUCUAUCAGCUGGCUGUUCUGGAGAUAACGGGUGGAGUUGUACUGUGGGAAAUCAAAGAACAUUUCCUCAACUUUGAAUCGAUUGACGCAUUCAAUCAUACAAUCGUCUUGCUCACACCGCAGGCCGUCAACGGCAUGAUAGGAAAAACAUUUUGCGUUUGCACCAGAGGAGAUCGAUCCUUCAUCUGCGAGACUGAGCAACAUACACAGUAUAUAAUGGCCAGCAAUCUUCGAUUCCUUGGGUACCUAAUUGCCUACAGUAUUUGGGGUGCUGUGAUUUUCCUCGUCUUCCUGUUGAUAUUUGGUCUCGUGGUCUUCUACGCCAUGUUCUGGAUGGAGGCUAACGGCAUCCUGUGGACAUUCUUCUUAUACGUGGUACAGCUUUUGAGCCUCCCUGCGACAGCUCUCAUCCUGUUCUACAUCCAGGUGGCGAUGGCGAGAUACGUUCUGCUUCAGGACAAAAUACGACCAACUGACGAGGACCCGCCACUCAAUGUAGAUAACAGGAGAUUUUACGAGGGGUUCAACUUUUUCUCCCUGUUCGGGAGCUUGACAAUUGGUAUAUUCUCCUGCUUUCUACGAAUUCUAACUGGAACCGUCAUGGGAGUCGUGAUGGUCGGCAGACUGGACAAAACUACGUACAUGAGAAGCAUGGAGAGGCGUGAUAAAGGUCACUUCUCCUACAUCAGCAUGCUGCACGUUGAAAACAGCCACAACCACCCCGUUGUCAGGGUUUUCUGUGGCAUCCUCUGGGACCAGACGUUGCAGCGGAGACACGCCACCUCUUCGACAUUGUUGAAAAAGACUACCCUCAAGUACAGGACAUUUCCUAGCGUUGAGCCCCCCGAGGAUGAAAUUGGCGACAACUCUGGUAGAAAACCUCGACGACAGAUAUCAGCUUUGGAAAAUACGCGAAACGUGCGGAAAUGGAAACUGGCCUUCACAUUACUCAGGAACCCGGAUUUAAGGAAACAGAGGAAGACUUUUUAUCCAAUGGUGGACACAAAGCCCAAGAAGCUGCGGCAGUAGAAAUGAUUGACGCACACGAGUUCUCAUCAGUGUGAAUAAAUGAACCACAUGUGAUAA